CUAGCAAAGAGCGUGAAGAAGUCGAAUUAGUCGAAUGUGUUGUGCUACAUUAAAAUACAUUUAAUAAAAAUGGUUUUAGCUUUAUUUUUUUCAGUGUUGCACUCAUGAAGAACUUUUGCUGUAAGUGUUAACAAGAAGUCGAGGUUGACUUGGAGAUAUGGUGGGCUACGUUCCUGGGACUCAGGGUUCAGCUCUGUCCCCACAGGAAGCAGCUCUGUCUGGAUCAGCUGCUGGGAUGGUCACCCGAGCCAUAAUCAGUCCUUUAGAUGUAAUUAAAAUCAGAUUUCAGUUGCAGAUCGAGCGUUUGUCUUCACGGAGGCCGGAGGGAAAAUAUUGGGGAUUGUUUCAGGCGUCUCGCUGCAUUCAUGCAGAGGAGGGCCUCUCUGCUUUCUGGAAGGGCCACAUCCCUGCUCAACUGCUAUCCAUCUGCUAUGGAGCCGUCCAGUUUGCCAGUUUUGAGGUCUUGACUGAGGUAGUCCACAAGACAACGCCGUAUGACAGCCAGGCAUCUGGAGUGCACUUUGUGUGUGGUGGUUUGGCCGCCUGCUCUGCGACGGUGGUCUGCCAGCCUUUGGACACACUGCGGACACGUUUUGCAGCCCAGGGAGAACCCAAGGUGUACCGGAACUUGCGCCAUGCUGUGUCUACAAUGUGCCGCACAGAGGGGGUCCUAAAGUUUUACCGUGGCCUGUCUCCUACUCUACUAGCUGUGUUUCCUUACUCUGGACUGCAGUUCUUUUUCUACAAUGUUUUCGUAAACACUCUGGCUCUGCCUCCGAAAGGCAGAACGUCAGGAGGAAAUGUGAGAACCCUGUUAUGUGGCAGUGCAGCCGGAAUGAUCAGUAAAACGCUGACGUACCCAUUUGAUCUUCUUAAGAAGAGGCUACAGGUGCACGGCUUUGAGGAGGCUCGACUUCAGUUUGGACAGGUGCGCAGUUACAGAGGCCUCGUGCACUGCAUGCUUCAAAUAACCAGAGAGGAGGGCGUCCAAGGGUUCUUCAAAGGCCUCUGGCCCAGUCUGCUGAAGGCAGCGCUGUCAACAGGCUUCACUUUUUUUUGGUAUGAAUUCUUUAUCAGCAUUAUGCUUAACCUCAAGGAGAAGCGGACAGAUGCUAAAGGGCAAAGAUGACGACACUGAGGGAAGUGGAACAAACACUAACUUUGGAAAUGUAAUCACACCUUCAACAGGAUUCUGAUGUGCAGCUGAAGCUAACGGGUGCUUUUGUUUACAUGCAGGUGGGGGGGAACUACCUUUUUGUGGCAUCAGUACAAUCUUUGUUUACAAGUAAUGAAAUCCAUAUUGUGUGUAUACUUCUUAAUUUUGGGUGUUGGUAUUUCAGUUUGUUUUAUUGUUGCUUGCUUUAGAAAGUAGAAGGCACUCAGAGCACAUACCUCCACCAACGACACAUGUUCAGUCUGGAUAAUGUCUGCCAGCCUCAACAAAUUUCAGUGUGCUUUCACAACUUUUUAAGUUGCAUGUUACAGUGUGCCAAAUUUCUUCUGGGUGUCAUUUUCCAGAAUAUGUUCCAGAUCACCUCCACAGUUGAAGAAAUUAUUUCCUGGAACAUUGUCUACCAGCUCAACAAAUAUCAUUGAAAUCUGUUCAUGGAUUUUUGAGCAAACCUGCAAACACCAAUGGAAAAGAGAUAACAAUGUGCUGUUGUCUCUCUUCCUACCCCCCAUGUGUACCACAUUUUCAUCCUAAACUUUGGACUGUUGAAGUCAGGACUAACUUGUUCAGUCUUGUCUAAAUGAGACAGAAUCCAGUCACACUUAACUGAGUGCAGUCGUGGCCAAAGGUUUUGGCAAUGACACAAAAAGAAUUCCAAAGACCAGAAUUCCAAAGACCUUUGUUGGCAUUAAAAAUAGCAAAAACCCAAUUUUCACUGUAUUUUGGCCAAAGCACAGAAUGAUCAAUUAUCCUCAUGUUGGUGUCAUAUAAUCAUCAGUAGAGUAGAGUGUGAGUCAGUCAGCUGAAGUAAUGGUAACCUUUAAUUGAAAGCCCCUCAAGCCAUAGACUUUUGGACAAUGGUCUGGUGUCUUGAGGGCAGCAAUGAAGCUACUUCUCUGUAAGAAAAACAUCAGGGACACACUAAUAUUCUUCAGUAAGAACAGAGAUUGGACAGCAGAAGAUUGGCGCUUUCUCUGAAGCCCACUUUCCACUGUUUGAGACCUCUGCAAAAUCGAUUAUCAGGAAAAGAAAAGUUGAAUGCGAUCAUGAGUUGUGUUGGGCCAACAGUGACGCAUCCUGAGACCAUCCAUGUGUGGGGUUGCUUCUCAUCCAAGGGAGUGGGCUGACUGACUAUUAUUCUGCUCCAAAACACUGCAAUAAGUAAAGAAUGGUAUCAAAACAUCUUCUAAUGAAGCUCUAGGAACAGUUUGGUGCAUUUCCAAGCCAGAUGGUGCACCAUGCCACAAGGCAAAAGUGAUAACAAAGUGACUCGGAAAUGGUUACAUUGAAGUUUUUUUUUGGUCCAUGGACUGGAAAGUCCCCAGAAUGUAAUCUGAUUGAGAACCUAUAGUAAGUCCCUUCAGCUGCUCCCUUGUUUGCACUCAGGGUCGCCACAGCAAAUCCAAGGUGGAUCUGCAUGUUGAAUUGGAUGCAGUUCCUGACGCAAUUCCACAUUACAUGGAGAAAUGUGGUAGGGGUGGGAUUUGAACCCGGAACCUUCUGCACUGAAACCAAGUGCAUUAACCACUUGGCCACUGGUCCAUCAUCAAAAAGUGAUCAAGCAAAAGCCCACAAACUGAUAUAUUUCAAGCAUUGAUAAGGCAAAACUGGAUGAAAGUCCUGCAGAAGAAGGUUCAGCACUGCAAAUAUUGACUCUUUUCAGGAUUUGACAUAUUGGCUAAUAAAAACCUUUAAAAUGCACAAAAUCUGUAUAUUUUUUUAUUCUUCAUACUGUACAAACAUGAAAAGUAAAUAUUUUAAAAAAAAACUAAGUUUGAGAAAUCAUUUGUCAUUGGCAAAACUUUUGACCAUGACUACACUUUGUCAUUCAAAUGCAAAAAAUGAUAAAUUUUAGGAUGGGUUAAUUUUAUUUAUUUAUUUUUUUUAAGCUGUAUUUUUACAGGGGUGUUCCUUAUCGUAGGUGGUGGGUUUUCAUUUUUAGAACAACCUGAGGACUGAGUUUGUUUUCAAUGUCUUGUGGAGGAAAGAAUCUUUAUUGCUGCUAAAAGUAGCAAAUUCUCUUAAAUUAAUGUCUGUUUGGAAGGUGAAAGCAACACAAUGUCCAUAAUUAUAAAAAAUAAAGUGAACCUUCUCUAGUUUUUCUCAUUUUAGUUCUGGGUGAACUAUCCUGGUUAUUUUAAAGCUCAUGUUAAUCACUUCAUUAUUUAUUGGUCAUUAUCCUGUUUUUUGUUUGGUUGUUUUUUUGUUGUUUUUCUCAGUAUUUAAUGUAUCUUUUUUUUACCUAUUCAUUUAUUUUCUGUUAUUGCAGGAGUUUGCUGAUUGAAAUAAAUCAAUCUUGCUGGAAUUAUGCAGUCUUUAUACCCACAAAGUAGCUUUGGUUUUUAGUCAUUUGAAAAGGCUUUAUUUUUUUUAACCUAUUUAAUAAAAUAGAAAAGGUUCUCUGCAUC